AUGUACGCUUCAAUCUGUGAGGACUGUGUAACAUUGUUUGGUUCUCAACAGAUUAAUGUUGGCGUACAUGAUAUAAUAUCAUCUCAUGAUAUAGCGGUUUAUCGGAAUCCUGAAAUCUUUGAGGAACAACCCAGCAGCAUUGAUGCGUCUCGCUUUGCUCUCGCCAUCCCUGGGAUGGCACUGUUGGCGGGCUUGGCGCUCGCUGCUUUCUGUUGUUACCAGAUUAAAGGAUCCCGAGUUGACGACCCGGAAGAUAUCGUUUCGCUAGAAGACAGCAUGGAAACGGAAGGCAGUAACGACAGUGAGGAUGAUGCAGACUUGGACAAUGAUGACGACCUGGACACCGAAAUUGACGACGACGAAGACAGGCUGGAAUUGGAAGAUAAAGAUGAUACCGACCUGGACAAUGUUGAUGACUUGCACCCCGAAAUGGACGACGAGGCUAGGCUGGUAGACAGCCUCGAAUUAAAGGAAAUUGACGACACCGGAGAUGACCUGAGCACCGAAACGGAUGAAGAGAUGAGCCGAGAAGAGGACCUGGAUAAUUGUGAAGUCGCCGUAACACAAAUGGAACACCUCUGGAAAGAUCCUCAGCAGGAGAUCGAACUGCUCCGAAAGCAGAUACUGGAAAGAGAUCUGCUUCUUGAAAAGAAAGAAGACGACGGCAAGGAAAUGAAAAGUCAUUUCGAAAAGGAAAUAAAUAAAAGAGACGAAAAAAUCGUCAACCUCCUCCAACAAGUUGAACAAUUCAGAGGUGAAAAGUGCCUGUUGGAACAGAAAUUAGAGGAAGGUCAAGACCAGCAUGAAAUAAUAAAGAGACGAGUGAAGGAAGUUGAGGAUGAUAACUCGACUCUCAGAGAAAAGCUGAGGAUCACUGAAGCGGAGAAUGUUAACAUUCAGCAGAUAUUAGGAGAUGAGCUUCAAGCGAUGAAGAACUGGGUGGCCGAACUAGGAAGAGAAAAUACAAUGAGUAAAGAAGAGUUAGAAGCAAAGGAGCUAGAAAUAAUGUUACUGGAAGAAUCUUUAGAACAGAAGGACACCAUUCUGCAAGAUGCUCUUCAUCACUGGAAAGACACUGAAAAGUUGUUGGAAGGAGCAAAGGAAAAAGAGAAGGAGAUGGAGGCUUCUCUAACGACCUUAGAAGAAGAGCUCCAGAAGAGGAACCUUCAAAUCGAGGAGUUCCUCACAAAAGAAGAACAGUCAAGGUGUGAACAACAAGAAUUCGAGGAUAAACUAGACCUAGCUCUCCAUUAUGCAAUGGAGCUGCAGACGUUGCUAAAGGAAGCAGAAGAAAGGGAGAGGAAAAUCAAAGAAGAUUUAGAAGAACAGAGGAAUAAAAACCAUCUGUUAGCUGAAGAAAAGGAAGAAGAAGAGACUGAAAUAAGAAGGCAACAUUCAGGAGAGACUGAGCAAAAAGGAAAAAGGAAACAGAGAAGCAGCGUGAAUGCCUGGAGGAACUCCAGGAUAACUUGGAAAGCGCUCUGCGUCAAGAACAGAGCCUGGAACGCUUGCUGGAAUCUAAACAAGAAGACCUCAUCUGUUUGA